UUAUUACGAUGAUAAUAUGAUCGGGUUCAAGAAUCCAGAUCAUGUGACUGGACUGUGACACUCAGUUAGGAAGGAGGAACAACAUUUGGUUAUUUUCUUCCGUAGUAAUACCUCAAGUGUGUUCUGUACAUGAACUGCCAAGACAUUCCAUUCAAAAGAUGAGAAGAUAACAAAUAUUCAGCAUGACAGAAUCAGUGAUAGCCAAUUCCCAGGAGUAUCAGAGUUUUCGCAGCUCUGUUCCUCUAAAAACUUACAUCGUUGAUGAUGAUGAUGGUAAAGAAUGGAAAUUGUAUGAUGCUGGGCCCAAACAGGUGAAGUGUCCCAUCAUUUGUUUUCCUCCAGCCAGCGGCACAUCAGAUGUUUUCUAUAAGCAGCUUCUGGCUCUCUCAGCUGUUGGAUACAGGGUGAUAUCUGUGGAGUAUCCAGUCUACUGGACAAUGGGAGAAUUCUGUGAUGGAUUUAAGAAGCUUUUAGAUCAUUUACAGUUAGACAAGGUCCACAUAUUUGGUACCUCUUUAGGUGGAUUUCUUGCUCAGAAGUUUGCGGAGGUCACACAUCGUUCUCCAAGAGUUGUUUCCCUUAUCCUGUGCAAUGCGUUCUAUGAUACUACCAUUUUCAACCAAACUAAUUCGGCUCCAACGUUUUGGAUGAUGCCUGCUCUGGUGCUAAAGAAGAUGGUGAUGGGGAACUUUGACAGAGGAUAUGUGGAUACUGAUAUUUGUGAUUCUAUUGACUUUCUUGUAGAGAGGCUUGACAGUCUGAGUCAGUCUGAACUAGCUUCGAGGCUAACCUUGAACUGUAUGAACUGUUAUAUAGAGCCUCAGAAACUCCAAGAUGUGGAUGUUACUAUAAUGGAUGUUUUUGAUGAUUGUGCAUUGUCUCAUGCUGUGAGGGAGGAGAUGUAUAAAUGUUACCCCGAGGCCAGGCGAGCCCACCUUAAAUCAGGGGGAAACUUUCCAUACCUUAGUAGAAGUGGUGAAGUUAAUAUAUUCAUUCAGAUUCAUCUUCAGAAGUAUGAUGGAACAAGUGAAAGUGCGAAGUUUAACACAGACAAAGAAAACAGUGAUUCAGAAACUUUCCGGCGAAAUUGUUUUCCUUGGUUGCAGGUACCUUUUUUCAGUUGGAGUUGGGUAGCAGCAGAAUGCAAAACAAUGAGCAACUGUUGUCAGACUGGAAGGUCAAGAAAAAUAGGCCCAGAAUGUAAUGAUGAUGUCAUUGAACUCCGACCUAGGAGACAUUUAAGGAUCCAGCAUUUAAAUGCAAGACGAAGGGACAGUGCACUGGAGCAAGAGCAACAGUUGUAUCUAAAAAAUCACAACAUAUCAUAUACCAACUAUGGAAAACUGACAUCCAGUAUUAAUCAGAAAAAGACCCCUAGAGACGCACACAAAUCAGAUUCUCAGAAUGAUCACAUUGAAGCAAAUCACCCAAAUAUGGCAAAAUGCCAGGAGGAAAAGACUAUUGCAAGUCGACCAACGUCAUUUAAUGCAUACUCCUCUCCCUUUGUUCCAUCCAGAUCUUCCCUUUCAAGGGAUUCUGUUGGGGGAGAGACAAUUAUGUCCUCCUCCAAUGUGGAAGUUUCUUUAAAUUUACGAGGCAAUGAAGAUGGCUUCAUGUCUGAGAUCGAAGAAAAAGAUGAACAAUCUAAUGCAACCAGUCGAUCUCUAAAAAGUUUUGUUUCUGAACCUGUGAAAAAUAAUGGAGUAGCGGUUCCAAAGGAUGGUGCAAUUAGGCCGGAUCCUGGAGUUGUGCUUUUCUUUAUUCAUGGUGUAGGAGGUUCAUCAGAUAUCUGGAAACCUCAGAUGAAGUACUUUGCAAACUUAGGGUAUGAAAUCAUUUGCCCAGACAUGAUUGGACAUGGACUAAGCUGUGCACCCAAUGAUAGAAAGUGCUAUCACUUCAGGGAAAUUUUACGUGACAUGGAGGCCAUGUUUGAUGUAUAUUGUAAAAGAAGCAAUGUUAUUAUAGGUCAUUCAUAUGGUUGUGCAUUUGCCACUGUCUUAGCCAGACAGAGGGCCAAACGGGUGACUAAGCUGAUUUUGGUCAGUGGAGGGGGACCUGUUCCUCUUGCUCCUCAGCCUGGGGUUUUUUCCUUGCCCAUAUGCAUCCUAGCAUGCAUUAAACCAUGUAUAUCAUGUCUGUUUACAAGAGGUGCUUUCCACAACAAUUCCAAAUUGUUAGUAGAUAAACAGAAGGCUUUUGACAUCCCGACUUAUGUACUGGAUUUUAUCAUGAAUGGGCAAUGGUGGCUGGAUGGCGAUGACUUGUAUCACAGCUGUAUAAAUGUGUCCACCUUACUCAUCUGGGGAAGACAUGACAAGUUUGUAUCACUGGAAGAGGAGGAGGCAAUGGAUAAGACAAUCGUAGACUGUAAGCUGGAGAUAAUUGAAGAAACUGGUCACAUGGUAAUGAUGGAAGCACCAGAACAUUUCAACAACAUUGUCCAUCAAUUCAUAGCUCCAGGGGUUAUCAAAGGUUUAAAAGACAAACUGCAGUCUGAAGCACAAUAUACAGAGGUGAAUUCCAGCCAUGUUCCAGGUGUUUCUCACCAGCAGUCAGAAACAGACAGAACCACCAGAGCUAGUUCUCCCUGGUUUUCACCACGACGAAAACGUCCUGACAGUAGUAAAAGUAAGAAGUCCAUUACUUCUAUCAAGUCCAGCAAAUCCAGAAAAUCCAUGCCAAAUGGAGUGCUAACUCACAGUUUGUUAUGAUUCUGUAGUUUUGAAAUAUUCUGUGAUGAAAAGUUGUCCAUGGGUAAUAAUCAAUCUCAAGUUUUGUUAUCAUUCUGUAGUUUUGAAAUAUUCUGUGAUGAAAAGUUGUCCAUGGGUAAUGGCCAACCUCAAGUUUUGUUAUGAUUCUGUAGUUUUGAAAUUUUCUGUGAAGAAAAGUUAAUUGUCCAUGGGUAAUGGUCAAUCUCAAGUUUAGCAUCAUGAGCAGUUCUUCUAUCUUGCAUUGUUAUACUUAAAAACUUGUGGAACCAUUCAUGUCAUGUAUCCACAUCUCUAAACUUCCUUGAAACAAAGAAAACGGUUUCCAUUUUGUCAGAAACCAUGUUUUUACUGAUUAUGAGCUUUGAAUUUGAAUUUAAAUGUAGCUAUGCAUUUUCAGAAACAUAUAUCAAUAUAAAUGAUUUGAAUGUAUAUGCAA